AUGGAUGGAUGCAGGCGGGCACAUCAACCCGACGGUGACCUUCGGGCUGUUCCUGGCGAGAUUAUCGGCACCUUCUUCCUCGUCUACACUGUCUUCUCCGCCACCGACGCCAAGAGGAACGCCAGGGACUCCCACGUUCCCAUGAGUACCAUCACCGCUAUCCUUGCCCCGCUGCCAAUCGGGUUUGCCGUGUUCCUGGUCCACCUGGCCACCAUCCCUAUCACUGGCAUCGUCAUCAACCUUGCGAGGAGCCUCGGCACGGCCAUCAUCUACAACAGGGAGCAUGCCUGGUCAGACCACGUGACCAUUUGUGCUGUCUCCGCCGUCGUGCCGGUUGGAGGUGCUGCUGCUUCAUCUGCUGGAGUUGCAACUGCCGCCCCAAAGGGAACCUUCAUCAAACACAACCCAAUAACAGGGCCUCAAGAUUCUGUGCCUCAUCGCCCCUCUUUCUAAAUUACUGAAACGAAAAUGGCUAGGCCUGAUGUGCCUCUUGUAUCUGUUGCUCGAUUUGUUAUGAUUUGAUUCACCAAGAGUGAUUCUUCUACAGUCUUGUAGUAUGGUUAAAUGGAACAACGAGGGAUGUUUCUAAUUUGGUUAUUGCUAGAAUAAUUCAUCGACUUGA